GAACGUGAACGGUCGUGUUUUUUGAUUGCUCCGCUAUCGAAGUUUUAAAUAUGAUCCUAAACCAUCAUAAAUACGAAAUUGUGUAAUUUUAUUUGCGAGACAGUGACUCUAUUUUAAUAAAAUUAUUCUUCUUGGCUAUUGCAUAAUAUACUGAUCUAAAAAUGCCGUGUCUAUGUGCCAACAAAGUUGAGCGUACACAAGACAAAGUGCAGUGCGACAAGUGCAAUGACCUUUUUCAUUUAAAUUGUGUCAACCUACAACCUGUUGACCUUGAAUUCUUGCUUAAAUCGGGUAAGCAAUUCAUAUGUGAUAAGUGUGCCGCUGCUCGACGACAAUCCCUUCGAGCACCAUCAACUCCCAUUAACCUGGAUGACGAAAUUGCCACUGCUGAUAAUGUACCUGUGAAUCCAGCUAAUCUAAGUACACAAUUAUCACCACAUCAACAACUGCCGAAAUCAACAUCAGCUGAUGACGUAAACAAUUUAGAUAUCAGUCUGAAUACAAUUAUCAGAGAAAUUGCUGCACUGAGAUCGGAAAAUGCUCGUGCGAUGGCUGCAAUUAGCUCUCUCAAAGUGGAUAAGCAGUUGCUGAUUUCGCAAAUAAGUGAUUUGUGUGCAGAAGUGAAGGAGUUACAAAAACAUCAAACGGUUGAUGUCUCCUCUGCUCUGGUACAGCUAACCGCUGAGGUGAAAGACCUUAAUGCUUGUGUUCUUGCAUGUGAGUGUCAUGCAAGGAACACAAAAAAUGCGAAAAGCAAAUCGAAGAGACAGGAAUCACUAUCAGUGACUGCUGCUACGUCGCCUGUAAACGUGCCUAUUGUUGCUGCUCCGCAUGGUGAGACUAAUUCGUUUUCCUCUGCUUCGCACUCUCAUGCUGCUGCUGGUGAUGCGCCGCUCUCUUAUAGCGCUGCUGUUACUAAUACAGCUAAAGUGAAGCUGACGCCAAUUGCUGCUGCUGCUGCUACUACGUCCGUUCUCCCAUCAACAUCAACUUGCAGAAAAGCGUCGGCAUUGCCGACUUCUCUUGCACCUACAUCAAAUCGUACACGUGAAUGGAAAACCGUAACUAGAGCUAAUAGGAAAAAGCUUAAGCAACCUUUAGUUAUUGGUUCAAACCAAAAUAGUGAAUUAAGUGUAGUUCCUAACAUGAAGUGGCUGCACAUAUCGUCCUUCUCAAACACUGUGACAGCUGCCGAUAUUGUUGAUUAUGUUGCGAAACAUGCAGAAAUUGACCGCAAAUUUCUUUCCUGCUAUAUGCUUAUCAAAAAGGAUACCCUCGUAAAGGAUUUCAAGAAAAUCAACUUUAAGCUAGGCGUAUCUGAAUUUUCCUAUGAUAAGCUUUUAAAUGCGGAUAUAUGGCCUACGAACGUAAAAAUUCGGCCAUUCACUUUUUUUCAAAAAGACGUCACUCCACCUCUAAUUCCGUAACUUCUGCAGCUAACUCCAUCGCUAGUAAUAAGUUAUUAAAAUUGUAUUUUCAAAAUAUAUCUGGACUUCGGACUAAAUGCUCCACGGUAUAUAUGAAAAGUUCUUUCUUAGAUUUUGAUAUUUUUGUAUUCGUUGAAUCUUGGCUGAAUGAAAAUUUCUUCGACUGUGAAAUUUUUGACCUCAAUUUGUACGAUGUUUUCCGUAAAGACCGUGACCCUGUCAAAUCUGGAUGUUCCAGAGGAGGUGGUGUUCUCAUUGCUGUUCGGAGAAAAUUUCGGGCAUCAUUGGUUACACUUACCAACUCUGACACACUCAUCGAUCAGCUUUGUGUACGUGUUUAUGGCUCAUCUGGAACAGUUUAUGUGUGUGCAUCCUACAUUCCGCCGAAUAGUCCGGAUCAUUUAUACUUUGCACAUUCUGACAAUGUUGUGUCAUUAGCAUCAAGCAUAGCUGGUGACAGUCAUCUUUGUGUCCUCGGUGAUUUUAAUUUAUGUCGCCUGAAUUGGUCCCCACUUAGAAACUCGGCUGCUUUUAUGGCUUCUAAUGUAAAUUCUUCAGCCGAAAUGCAUGUCGUUGAUAGCUUUUUAAGCAUUGAUUUAUCACAAAUCAAUGGUUUUUAUAAUAGCCUUAAUAGAAUCCUAGAUCUAGUGUUCAUUUCAAAUAACAUCAACUACACAUUGUCUGAAGGCAUUGCUCCCAUAUCUUUAACUGAUAAACAUCAUGUUCCUCUUUCUCUUGAGUUGGAAUUUUAUGAGUUUUCUGAGGUAUCCGAUGAGCCUAACAUCAAAUUUAACUACAACUUAUGCGACUUCUCAAUUUUUAACGAAAUUUUAUUAAGUAUUGACUGGGGUAAUGCCUUCCACGACAAUGAUGUUACCUCUUGUUUUCAUUUUUUUAAGACUAAGGUUUCUGAGCUCUGUUUGAAGCACAUUCCUAUUUAUCAUAAGAAAGUAUAUAAGUCACCUUGGCAUACCAAACGGCUUAGGCACCUAAAGAAUCUAAAAAACAAAUUCUCUAAACUGUAUAAAAGGUCUGGAGACCCAAUACACUUCUCAAAAUUUCAAUGCCAUUUAAAAGAGUUUAACUGUUUGAACAAGUUCUUAUAUAGAAAUUACAUCUUGAAUUUCGAAAACAAUAUUAUUUCGGAUUCGAAGGCCUUUUGGCAAUUCAUCAAAUCAAAAAAGUCUUGCUCAAUGGUGCCAAACAAUGUUUUUUAUAAUGGUAAAUAUGCAAAUUCUGCCAUAGAAUCUGCCAAUUUAUUUGCUGACUUUUUUUGCUCUAAUUUUGAACCCGACCUAGACUCCGAUUCUAGUUUGCCCUCUAAUAGUUUUUCACCUCUAAAUUUUGGGACUUUGUACCUAUCUGUUACUGAUGUCGUCAAGGGUAUUACGAAGCUUAAGUCUACAACGAAAACUGACUCGGAUGGCCUUUCGGGCAUUUUGCUGAAGAAUUGCUUGUGUCUCGCUGAGCCUCUUACAAUUAUAUUCAAUAAAUCGUUGUCCUCUGGUAUCUUUGUUGACGACUGGAAAUUUACUUCCAUUACGCCUAUAUUUAAGAGUGGAAAUAAAAACGAUGUUAGCAAUUACAGACCGAUUUCGAAGCUUUCGUCUGUCUCAAAACUUUUUGAGAUAACAGUAAAUGAUAAGUUAUAUUUUGCUGUCAAAGGCCUAAUAUCUACCAACCAACAUGGUUUCGUUGCAAGUCGCUCCACUGUCACUAACUUGUCUAUUUUCAAUGAUUACUGCAUUUCAGCCUUCCAGAACAGAUCUCA